AGGGCUGCCACCAUGUCCGAGGCCACCACCUGCCUCAAGCAGGGGGAUGGCGGGGAGAGUCCCCCACCACCACCAGGAUCCCCGCACGUUUUCCCUCCGGAGACGCUGUUCCGACAGGCAGGUGGGGUCACCUACCGCAUCCCGGCUCUGCUCUACGUCCCCCCGGAUGAUUCCUUCCUGGCCUUCGCCGAGAAACGCUCCUCGGCCCGGGACGAGGAUGCCAAGUACCUGGUGCUGCGGCGGGGUCGCCGGCACGGCUCCUCGGUGAAGUGGGGUCCCACGGAGGAGCUGUCGGCGUUGGCGCUGCCCGGCCACCGCACCAUGAACCCCUGUCCUCUCUACGACGCCAGGAGCGGCACCGUCUUCCUCUUCUGCAUCUGCGUGGAGCAGGGAAAGACGGAGCGACGCCAGAUCUGGAGCGGGUGCAGCGCCGCUCGUCUCUGCUUCGCCACCAGCGCCGACGGCGGCCGCGGCUGGGCCGCGCUGCGGGACGUGACGGACGAAGCCAUCGGCUCCGACCUGGCCCGGUGGGCCACCUUCGCCGUGGGGCCGGGCCACGGCGUGCAGCUGGGCUCGGGGCGGCUGGUGGUGCCGGCCUACACCUACUACGUUCACGGGUGUCUGUGCGGGGCCCUGCGGCUGCCGUGCUUCACCCGCCAGCAUUCCCUCGUCUUCUACAGCGACGAUGGCGGGCGCCGCUGGCACAAGGGUGCCCUGCUGGGCGGGGAGCGGACGGGCGAGUGCCAGGUAGCCGAAAUCCGCGGUGCUCAGCGCCCGCUGCUCUACUGCAGCUCCCGGGCCCCGCGGGGCUGCCGGGCCGUGGCGCUCAGCUCCGACCGCGGGCAGCGUUUCCAGCGGCCGAAGCUGUGCCAGGCGCUGCGGGAGCCGCCGCGGGGCUGCCAGGGCAGCGUGGUCAGCUUCCCCUCGCAGGCUCCCAGCUGCUUGCUGUACUCGCACCCCACCGACCGGCGCUGCCGCCGAGAUUUGGGUCUCUAUGUGAACCCCUCGCCGCUGGACGGGGAGGGCUGGCGGCGCCCCUGGGUGCUGCACUCCGGGCCCGCCGGCUACUCCGACCUGGCCGUCUGCCCCGACGGCGUUUUUGGGUGCUUGUUCGAGUGCGGCACCAGCAGCGCCUGCGAGGAAAUCGCCUUCUGCCUCUUCACCCUGGACCCCUCUGGCGAUCAGAACCUCAAGGCUUCCUAAAACAAGCCCGUUUUAGGCGGUGCGGUCGCUCCCGAGCGUCGGUGGCCGGAUCCCGUGAGCACGGCAGCGCCGAGACCGCACCAGGGUAUUUCAAGCGCACCAGAGGCUCAGCAUCAUGUAGCUUUUAUUUAAUUAUGUCGUUUUAAUCACCCGUCAGAUGUUGUCGGUGACCUGCGGCAGUGGAGGAUCUGCUCUGGCUUGGCCAAGGGGGAUGCCAGCACAGCAUACGAAAUGCCACUGUUUCUCCAAAAAUCAGUAUUUUCCACCUGGUAGCAGCUGAAAAGCAGAAGGUGCCGGCAAGAGCAGCUGAUUCCCUGAGGAAAAAGUACCCCAAAAUCUCGGUUUAGUUAAAAAUAUUCCAGUUCCUGCAUUCCUGCAGGUGGCAUUAAAUUCCCAGUUUUUACCAUUUUUUAUCCUGUUUUCUUCACUUUCCUGCUUUAGACUGAGUUUCUCCC